GUUUGCGAGGGGACCAGCAAUAAAAGAAAGGGUAAUAGAACCAGCCAUUCAAGAGGGCAUUCAUUUAUACAAGGUAUAUUGACAUUUGGAAACAGCUACAAAAUGGGAUGAGAUUGAUCUGUACAACUGACAGUGAAGAUAUGGAAAAUAGCAAAUUUAGAUAAUGUGAAAUGAAAUGUUAGUAAGUUUCAGUUAGCCAGGUGGUUUUGCAGAAAUUAUUGAGCUAUUAUCUGUUGGAAGAGGUGUAUUAUAUAUGAUAAACACCAUAUACUAGAUGAUAAUCUUCUAGACGAGUUGAUGUCAAGCUGCAAUAGUCUACCUGUGUAAUUAAAGAAAGAUAUUUAGGGAGUAAAAAAUAUCAUGGAUGAACUUUCCUCCUCAUGGUGUUGACCAAAAAGGUUUUGACAUUUGUUGGCAAUGGUUAAAACAGAAAUGUGGUGAUGUUGACAUUUUAGCUGGGGACUAGGACUGUGUACAGAUACAUAUAAGAAAAGUUUGUUUCUUAAUCGGACUCACACUCACACAGGACAGGGCGACUGUUUGGAAGUUUUCCUCCAGUUCGUCCAAGACCAGAAACCAUCUCGUGUACUCAGAUGGUAGCAGGUUUAUCUGUUCCAUCUUUUGUCUCGUCAGCUUCAUUAUAAUUUAUAUGCUUAGCACCAACAACAGCCUCUAGUUACACCAUGUCUGUGUCAUCCAGUAUAUCCAGUGUUGUUACGGUCACUAGCGGUUCAGCAGCAGUACCUUUAUCCAUUGUGCAAGCGCAAGUUCCAGUCAUGGUGGUUAACCCGAUGCAGCAUAAAUCAUGUGCUGCACCAGUCACUGUGACAACACGGUGUGUACAGGCAUGUUCCUUAUCGAAUACAACAACAGCGAGUAUAGUAAGUACAAACACAAACAAACCAGAAAAUUCUCCUGUACAAAACAUUACUCAGAAUGGUAGUCUGGUGUUAGGAAAUCCAUUUCCUGUGCAUUCAUCAUCUAAAAACAUGAUAUCUGGAAGCUUUUUACCAAAUCAAGUUUUUCAAACAAACCAGCCCCCCAGCAAUGUGGUACUAGCUUCAUUUGUACAGAAUGGUGUUUUACAAGGAAAUAUAUUCCAAGGAAGCUUUGCUCUCCAGAGUAUAGGAGUACCUGGUGGUAUACUGCAGUUAAAUCCUCAGCAGUUUGGUUUUCAGAAUACACCACAGUAUUCAUUAACAACCCACAAUCCUCAGGUUCCAGUAUCCACCGCCACUAGCAGUUCAGGGAAUUUGGGAAGCAAAACACCAUCAGUUAGUGAAAAAUCAGCACAAAAAGCAACAACUUCAUCUUCAUCUUUCCAAGUUGUGAUUGAACCUGAUUCUGAAUUUAAUGAGAAAGUGAAGUGUGCAGGAAUAGAUAGAAAGGUUCAAGUUGACAACGAAAACAUUCCAUCUACUAGCAAUGCCAGUGUGAAAAGUAAACCAUCCGGAAAGUCGAGUAUGGAGAGUGGCAAGCAAGAGGAGAUUACAGAAGUAGAAUUUCGUCCUAAAAUUGAGUACUGCUACAGCAUGAAAAAACUUAGCCUUAGACAGAUGAUGGAGUUACUGGAUAAUGGGCAGAAUGUAAUGUUGUUUGUAAAACCAGAAAGUAAAGAUUACUACCGUGCAAAGGUAUUCUGUGAAGCAGUAGUAAAGCAUAAUGUUACUGGCAUAAAUACAAAUAUAAAAGAUAAGUUUUACGCAAGUCUUAUUUCUCCAUAUAUCUCACUGGAAGAAGCAAUGCUUCUGAAAAAGGAUAUUGAAACUUCUCAGAAUACAGUUGAGGAGGAUAUUAAAACAAACACUACAAAAAGUUCAUGUGAAACGGAAGAAGUUGGUAAAAAGAUGGAACAACUAAAAACUCCUACUGACCAAAAUUCAGAAACUGGCAAUGAAGCUGCACUAAGCAUUUUUAAAGCUUUAACAUCUCACCCAGAUUUAUUAAGAGAAACAUUGAGAAAGAAGAUUGUUGUUAACACGGUACAUACCAUCAUGGAAAAGAAAGUUAAAGCAGGUAAAGCAGAUAUGAUAAACAAAAAAUCUUUUGAAUGCAUCAAAAGUAAAACUGAGAUUGGGACUAGUGAUCUAAAGCAAAAAGAUUUGAAAAUUGCAUCCAUUCAAAGUAGAAGUAGGAAAGGAACUUGUGAAGCUCAGCAGAAAGAAAGUGAAGCUGAAUCAAUAAGGAAAGAACACAAUGCAGAAGUUGCUGAACAGAAUGAAAUUGAAAGUGAAGCCAGAUUAUUAAGGGAAAAGAACAGGAGGAAUGUAGCCGGACAAAGUGAAAAUGAAGUUGAAUUAAGAAAAGAAUACAGAAAGAAAACAGUUGAACAAAGUGCAUGGGAUGCUGAAUUAAUUAGAAAUAUAAACACAGUUCAAAACAAGAACUCCAUGCAAAGUAAAGACUUAGCAUUGAAAAACUUAGUGGACAUGGCACUAAAACCAACAACGAAUGAGGCAGAGUUGAUCAAGAAAGCAUUUACACUUUCUAAAGUCGAUAUUUCUGGAAAGGACAUUUCAUGCUCGAGUCCAAAAGACCAAAACAAGACGGUCACAAACAUUGGAGCUUCAAGGUCAGUUGAUGAAGGUGGAGAUGUGUUUGAAAUUAUUGAUGAUACAGUUAAAACAAAUGAGCAAACUUCAGAAAUUCGACUGCCUGAUUGGUUUCACCUCAGUAAAUGGAGAUCAACCACUUGUACUAAAAAAAUUUCAGGUGAAAAGUCGGAUGAGAGUCUCAAAAUUUGCUACUUGUGUGGAAUAGAAUUUCUAGAUGCCUCAUGUACAUGGAAGCAUAUUUUAAAUGAACAUGCAAAAAUCAGUGCAGGUACAAUGAAUCCUACUAAUCUCUUUUAUUUUUGUUCUCACUGCUAUAACAUGUAUAGCAGCAUGGAGGCUGUCAGAGAACAUGAACUUCUUGUCCAUCUUUGUGACUUCCCAUGCUACUUCUGUGGACUUUCCAGUGACAACCGAUGGAACAUGCUGAGUCAUAUUGCAGGUGUACACAGUCAUCUCUACACAUGCGCAUAUAAAUGCUGUAAAUGUCAGUUUUUAAAGGAAUCAGAAUUCCAGAAGCACUGUAGCAUUGAAAAUCAUAUACAGACGAGAAACAUUGACGAAAGUCGAAUAGCAACUUUCAUCUGUCUAUUUUGUAAUAUAAAAUUCUGCACAAAACUAAACCUCAUCAGUCAUUUAAGUUUACAUAUAGACACACCCAUCCCGAAUUCAGGUGAAAGUGUUUGCUCGUCUUGUAGACAUUCAUUUCUAGAUGCCCAGGCUUUGUUUUUCCACAGAAAUCUAGAUGCUAGAAAACCUGAGAAACUGAGACAGUUAAGUAGCUCCAGUCUAAAUGCCUUAGCAGAACAAGGGAUUUUGCAUCAAGAAAAGACAGAAGCUUAUAAAGAUAAAAAGAGAAGGACGAAAUGUUUUCAAAAGGAUACUCGAUUUUUAAAAGUUGAGGAGUACAUGAGAACAAACUUGAAUGUUGAUUCAUUUGGCUACAGGGAAAUAGAAAUUGGUUCAAAACAGUACAAAUAUCCUCUUGAAGAACUACUAGAGUAUUGUGAUUUUGGCAAGAACUUUCCAAAAGAGUUGACUACUGUUGUAAUGGACGAUCUGAUAAAACUCAUGAUAGAAGUCUUUCCAACUUUACAGGUAGAUAAGUCUACAUUGGACUUACAAAACUUUCUUGUGUCAUUAAGUCGAUCUCAAAAGUUUACCGAAAUUCUGCAAAAAUAUCACUUAAAACCUUUACCUUGGAAUGGAAAAAUCCAAGCAUGUGUUAAGACGUUUAUUUAUAAAAUCGGGGCGGGUUGUUACAUGUAUCCUGAUGUUGUUCCCAUGAACACAUUGAUUGUUUCCUUACAAAAAAGUCUGAACUACCUCGAGCACAGACGUGAUUCUGUUCUGAAUAACCACAAUCACAAACGGGAUUCUGUUGUAAAAAAGCUACGUGCAAAAAUACUUAGAAAUUCGAAGAGCUCCAAUCCUCAAAGUGUUCAAAAUGGUCAAAGAAGUAUUAGAUUUGUUACUGCUGCUGUGAAUCCAGUUACAAUACGCUUUGUUCCAAGUACAAUCAACACUCUACCUACUGUGAAUUCAAAUGUACAAGUUGAUUCAAAAACAAUUGGCGGUAUUCAUGCUGUGAGUUCAAAUGUACAAGUUGAUUCAAAAACAAUUGACGGUAUUCAUGCUGUGAGUUCAAAUGUACAAGUUGAUUCAAAAACAAUUGACGGUAUUCAUGCUGUGAGUUCAAAUGUACAAGUUGAUUCAAAAACAAUUGACGGUAUUCAUGCUGUGAGUUCAAAUGUACAAGUUGAUUCAAAAACAAUUGACGGUAUUCAUGCUGUGUGUUCGAAUGUACAAGCUGAUUCAAAAACAAUUGACAGUAUUCAUGCUGUGAGUUCAAAUGUACAAGUUGUUCCUAUAACGAUUAGCAAUCUCUGUACUGUGAAACCAAAUGUAAAAGUUGAUUCAGAAACAAUUAGCAAUCUCCCUACUGUGAAUCCAGAUAUACAAGUUGAUACAAAAACACUCAGUAAUGUCACUGAUCAAAAAACAGUAUGCAGUCUCCCUUCUGUUAUUCCAGGUAACACAAAUUUAGACAGCCAGAAAGACAUUCUAGUAAAAGACUUAAACAGAAACAACCUCAAUCAGAAUAGUGAUAAGCCUAGUGUGUCGUUAAGUAAAACACAAAAAUUUGUUGUCUCAAGGAAGCUUUCUGGAAAUACUGAAGAAAAUCUUGUAAAUGUAGAUAUGAAUAAUGGUUUCAAAGAACAGCUUACGGUGUCAGAUUCACCUAGAAUUACAAAAAAAAUACAAAAACGAAAUGCCUCUGAUGUAGUUAAAGAUUUUGUUCCAGCAAAAGUUGUGAAAAUAGCACGGUCUGCGGAUAGUCUGCCUACUUGUUCCAGAAGAAUGCCAUGGUUAAAUAAAUAUGUGAAAUGCUCUGUUGUGAAAAUUGAAAAAAGUCACAAAGCAGAUUGUCUUGGUUUGGAAUUAGUUACUGCUAAGGAACAAUACACAAGUCAGAAACUUACCAGAACUGUCAUGAAGCAAAUGUGCCAGGAAGAAUCUAUUGAAAUCAAGCCUGUUGUCUAUGACAGUGAUAAACCUUUAUUCAGCAAGAAAGAUGGAAAGAUUGUGAAAGAAGAUGAAAGUACUUUUUGCAACAUGAAUACUGAGUCACCACCAAAAAGGGGAAUGAGAAGACCAAAUAGGAAAAGUCAAAAAGAUGAGUUAGAAAGCAUUGGAGAGGAAAAGAGAGAUUCUUUACCUAAGAAAAGAGGGCGGCCUAAGAAAAAUGCAGAUGAUACUAAAACAUAUUCUCACAGUGGUAUUGCUGUAAAUGACAGUGACACAAGUGAGGAGAUACCACCAAGAAAAAGAGAAAGACCUAGAAAAAAUAUAGGUGAUAGUGUGACAGAUUCUGAAUGUUCGAUUAUUCUUGAUGAUGUUGAUAUUGAUGAAGAUGAAAGUGAUGAAAAUAUUUCUGAACUUGAAAAUUAUUUACAAGGGAAAACAGGAAAGCAAAGAAAAGAUGAAAAAGUAAUAAGAGAAAGGCAGUCUGUGGGUGACAUAUGCCAAAAAGAGGAUUCUAGCAAAUCUGAGCUAAAUAAAAAGAAAAUCUGUGUUGGAGAAUUUAUGAUGAAAGAAAGUACUUCAAAUAAAAGAACUCUGAAAGAAGAUAAAUCAGAUAAAGAAAUUAAGGGUUCCAUAAAUGUUAACAACUUCACUGUCAAUAUUGCAUGUGAUUAUAGUGAAUCAAAAAUUGAAAAUAUAACCAAGAGAAAACCAGGAAGGUCAAAAAAGGAACAGCAAUUGAUGGAACGGAGACAUAAAGUAGAAUGUAGAAAUUCACAGUUCAGAAAUACCGAACAUGAAAAGAAUGUAAAUCCAGCAGUAAUUAAAAACAUUAUGCAGGAGUUGAGAAAUAGGCCCACUUAUGAGAAAAUAGAUGAUAAAGUAAAUGUAAGUAAUUCAGAAUUAGUUGAAAGAAAGAAGCUUAGACCAAAAAAGAAUUGUAACUACUAUGAACAGGAUUCUUCAAAUGAUAGUAGUAGUGAAGUUGAAGACAGCUUAGAUCCUGUUAAUUCUUGUGGUUUUGUAGGUUUGAAUGUUACCCCAGAACCAGAUCUGAUAAAUGGUACAAAUAGGAAAGACAUCGAUCUACCUGUUGAAAGUAUUGACAACUCUGGUGAAGUCAACAAUGUAGACUGUGUUUCUACAGAAACUAAGAGAAUGCUGAGCAAAAUAUUAUUUGAAUCCAGAAGCAGAGUCAAAAAGGAGAAAGUGGAAAAAAUCUAGAAAAAAGCAUGAGAUGAUGGAGUAGAUACAAGUGCUGACAAAACUGAUAGAGAAAAUGAAAUACUGAUUGAAGUGAUCAAACCAUCAGUCAGAAUCAAAGAGGUUAAGGAGGACCCAGAGUCCCAGAGUAUUCUAAAGCUGAAGACUGGACAUAUUUCUGACGGAAACAGUGAAUACUUUAGAAAUCGUUAUCUCUGCCAGUCACUUGUUACAGACAACAUUUCUGUUAAAUAAGUUAUUUUACUUGACAAAAAAAAUCAAAAUGUAGACACAGCAUUUGUCUCUGAUUGGCAACCUACAUUAGUCCAUAUGUAGUCCCAGUUAUCAACAGGCUUUCCAUAGUCUGAAGCAUUAGUUACCUCAGCCACGUCAAGCUAUGUAACUUCUACAUCAGCAUCAAUAGCAACACCAUGGAUGAAUCCAUAUCCUGUAAUGUUUGGCAGUGAAAAGAAAGCACAGAAAAACAGUAUUUCAAAUCCUGUUUAAGUUAAAGGAAGUGAUAAGAAAGAGUUAACCCCACCCCCUCCGAAGCAGCAAAAUGCACAAGUUAUUAGACUCGGUUUAUUUUUAUCCAAGAGCAAGUUCUGUUACAUGAUGUCAAGGUCUGUUGUUGCUAGUAAGUCAACAGAAUUCGUCGUCAUCAUGUCUUACACAUGUUCCUGUCAGUGGUUCCAAGAAAUUCAUUCUAGUGAGUGUACCAACACAACACAUGUGGUAUUCUUUUAAAUGGCCAAGCACAACAAACAAAAU